GCCUAUGCUCUCUGGCGGAGUGGGCUGCUGGCGUCGCCCAGGGCAACGGCGAUGGCGGCCAUGGCGGCCGGGCGGCUCUUCUCGCUGGAGCUGCUCGUGGACUGGGUGCGGCUGGACAUCGGGUUGUCACCGAGCGCCGGGGACCCCGCGGUAGCAUUUCGCCUACUGGACUUCCCGCCGCUGCUCGUCCUCCCGCCUGCCGCUUCUGGCCGGGAACCCCAGAGCGGCACCAUCGACUUCGGGCGCGGCAAGGCCUGCCUACUACGCCUGCGCCCCGCCGCCCAGCGUCGCCCGCGCCUGCGCGCCGCCCUGCUGCUGCUACCCAAGGCCCCAGCGUCUGCACCGAGCCUGUUGGGGACUUGCGAUGUCCUGUUGGUCGCCUCCCAUGGCCGACGGGGUAGAUUCACCUUGCGCGGCCCGGCGGCCGAGCGCGUCGGGGAAUUGGCACUCUUCUACCGUCUAACCGACCUGGGACGCUUUCCCUCGGGGGCUCCGGAGCUGCAGGACCCGCUGAGCCCUGCGAGUAUCACGGGUUCCGAGGCCCUGGAUGAGUGGGAGACCUCGAAGCCAUGCUCCAAAGAAGGCGCUGUCAGAUGCCUACAGUGUGCCUCAAAUGCACACUGCUUGGAGGCCUCAGAGGCAUGCACCAAGGGUACCAACAGCUGGUCUGCAGGAGAUUCAGAUCCCUCAGCUGUCCAGAAGUCCUGGGAAGAAGCAGUCUUACACAGUAAGGCCAGCUCUGGGGACAUGGCUUCUGCCCCUAGUUCACCCGCUCCCAGAGGGAGGACUGUCAGCCCCCUCAGCCCAGAGGUCACGGAGCUAGACUUUGAAACUAACAUCUUUUGCCCUCCUCCUCUGUACUAUACUCACCUGACUCAGGAAAAGACACCCCCUGCCAGGGUUGAAAUCACUAUCGAGCCUCAGAGAAACGGACCUGAGGAGAUGGAUAGCAUUUUCCCUGACACAAAACUUGUAGGUCCUCCCAUACAUCCGGUGAAACAUACAAGAUCUGCAGCGGGGGAGAGCCCUCCAGUACUUGUAAAUCAUCCACAGAUGCAGGGUCCAGGUGCAGUCAAUGAGGUUGCAUGUCCCCCUCAGACUGAACAAAGUACAGCCAAUGCAAUAAGACAGCUGCCGCUGUUGAAUGCUUUGCUGAUUGAGCUUUCCUUGCUUUGUAACCAGCCCGUGGCAAGUCCCACUCAGGUUCACCCCCACUUAGCCUGGUUGUACAGAGGUGACGAGAAAGCGCCAGACCCUUCGGUCAAGACUACAUCUCUGCCAGAAUCAAAGAGCAACAAACUUUCCGUUAGAGGAAAUGAAAAGCUCGGGAGUGUUCCGUCUAAAAAGAACCCUGAUGGUAAACGUUCAGAGAUCAGUGGUAACCCUCCACCGAGGGUUACAAAGGGGAAGCUGCUUUAUGGCUUAACAAAUACACUAAGACUGCGUUUAAAGCAAACAAACCCUGACAUGCUGGCUGUACACGAAAAGAGAGAGCAGUUUAGAAAAUCACAAAUACAAGCCAUGGGGCCAAAAUGCCGAGUCCAGCCAAGGAAAGGGAAAGCACCAGGCUUGGCAGCACAAAGCCAGAUGCCACCACAGCCCCCCCAGGAUAAGCUUUCGGGCUCAAAUGGGUCUUUUGCUGAAGGUAGUGAUACUUCAAGGCAAAUCAGUGCAUGUCUUGAUGAGUCAAGUACAACUAAAGAAAUGAAAUGGAGCCAUGCUGUUAAAAAAGAAACCGUUGAGCACAGUGAAAACAGAAGCAGCAACGCUUGCUUGGAAGCAGGUGGGUGUCCUGCAGAUUCCGUUAUUCCAGAGAGAGCUCCUCACUCAAAUAUUCUGGGAGGAAUGUCAGAAGUACAAGUCCAAAGCCCAGGGCUUUCCCGACAGGAUCCUACUGUUGACAAAACUGUAGAUGACGGGAAAGAUGCUAGGCAAGUCAGAGGCGCAGACGUUGUGACUGCUGAUACAGGUGACAGCAGACCACCCAGUAGAAACAGUUCUUGUGUGAGCAUCUCAGAGCUACAGUACCAGGGUGAGUUUGCCAGCCCUUGCUAUUCUGAAGACUUCUGCAUGACUGAGAAUAACAGCAGAAGUCUGCUGGCUCCCAGCUCCAGCUCAGGGGCAGAACAUGUCCACCAUGGUUCCCAGACAAGCAAGUCAAGCGAGGCUCGGUUGUCCACAAGGAAAAGCCGCAGUGGAGUGAGCCCUGUGCUUAGCCCUCCCUUCUCUGCUGGCUCGCCGGUGUGCUCACACAAACGAUCUCUUGUACUGAAGACUCCCCACAGGAUUCUGGAGGACACCUCCAGUAGCUCCACCAGUGACUUUUCAGCACAGUGGACAAAUGAAAAGGAGAACCAGGCAGACUCUCUGAGUGCAGGUAGUUCAAAGGUCAUGGGGACAGGUUGGGACAGCUCCACUCGGCUUAAAGUAGGAGCUGGUCGCAAGUCCUCUGAGAAAAGCCAGUCACCGAGGACAUCUCAAGUGAGUUCUUACGAGCCAUCAAAUUUGUCCGAGCUAGAACUCAAGGGCUUAGACAACAGUGCAUCAGCAGACUUCCAAGAAGAGGAAGAUGACCUUGGGUCACUGAAUAUCUCCAAACAGUGCAGAGAUAUCUGCGAAUUAGUAAUAAACAAACUUCCAGGAUAUACCGUGUGAAAGUAUGCUGCUUUAGAAAACUAGGCUAUAACUGAUGAGUGCUGAUACUGAAGAGAUGUAAUACUCAUACUAAACCUUAGUAUAUAACUUAUGUGGUAGUUGUUUUAGGAAAUGUAGAUAGUUUGUCAUUGAUGUUUAGUGUCUUUUCCUUCAAGCUGAUUAUACUCUCAAGUUCCUGUUAAACUUAUGAAUGAUUCCUGUGUAAGAUGCUUAAGAUUAAAAGUAUGUCUGUGUACUCUGUGAAA